UUGGCAACGAUGCCUCGGCCUCGUUACAUCCAAGAAUCCUUCUUAUUUUCCCAUCCUUCUAUUGCAUCAUUCUGCGCUUGCUGUCGAUUUCAUUAAUCUAGACAUAUCUUCCGGAUUGAAUUUACCCCGUGGAGUAUUUUUUGUCAUAGCGGCAUAGCUUGCAUCGCAAACCCGCGUCCCGUCCACAAAUGGGCGUUCUAGCUUGUUCAGCUUGAAAAAAGGAAGAUGCCCAAGCGUUCGACUGGCUGCUUUGAAUGCAGGAAAAGAAAGGUUCGAUGUGACGAGGGAAAACCAGAAUGUAAAACUUGCCUUAAGCGUGGAACCAAAUGUCCGGGCUACAGACCGACACAGUCAUUCGUGCUCCAUGCCUUUGACGAAAAGAGCGCUCGGCCAGAGCUCAUCAAGGAGGACGAGAACCGAUAUAAAUAUUCCAACCACGCACCAGCAGCACAGAAAUUAGACCAAAGCGGCAAUCGACCAAUUCUACCGACUCCUCCAUCAUCUGCACAUUCACCUUCGAGAUACUCUUCGUCCGACUCUGGAGAUCGGACGCGCCGUUCGCAGGCGAAUUUAGCAAAUGCUCCGCUGCCCCAGCAAGUCAGCCCCGUUGCAAUUGAGCGUGUGCAGCACAUUGGAACUUUCCUGGAGCUUUAUAUGCCACAGCCGAAGAAUGAAGUUUUUACGCCUCCAACAUCGUUGAUGUUUGCGCUUCCUAACAUUCCCGCGGCGAAGAAGGUCUUCUCGUGUGCGCUUGACGCUUUGUCUGCUGCUCAGCUUACAGUAUCGUACAAGAAUUACCCCUUAAUUAAUAGAGCAAGAUCUCUAUAUGGAACGGCACUAGGUCAGAUGAUGAAGACGAUUAUGCAGCCGGGGAGCCCGCAUGAUGACUAUACACUGCUCGCCACCUAUUUACUUACUCUUUAUGAGGUAUUUGUAGGCGUUUCUCAAGGCCAUGGCUUCUUCUAUCAUGUCCAAGGUCUCCUUCACAUUCUCAACCAACGCGGACCUGCUUCGAUACGGUCGAAGCUGGCCAUGGACACCUAUCACGGAAUCCGUUACAAUUCGCUGUCCCUUGGAUACCACUUACGCAAAGCCUCCAUGCUCGACACUCCCGAAUGGCUUGCCGUGACCGCCAAAGCCGCCAAAGUAGACCCCUACGUCGCCUUAAUCGACAUCUGCAUCUCGAUCCCGCGCCUCCUCGAGCGCACGGACAAGCUCACUCGAGCCAAAGCAACAGCUGCCGAGUUCGAAGAAGUGAUCAACGACUCCCAGACGCUCGCGGACCGGGGCUUCGCGUGGUUCGCUAGCUUCCAAGAGAACCACGGCCCUCUGUACACCAACGUGCCCAUUGACACCGUCGACGGCUUCUUCGACCCGGCAGACAAGACGUACGACCCAGUGUACGCUUACAAGUCGUUCGCGGCUUCCAAUAUGUGCUCGAUCUACUGGAUGAGCAUGCUGAUCAUGCGCUCCAACAUGUUCCUCCUCGUCCGCACGCACCGCAAACUAGAACCCAAGCAACUGUUCAUGUGGGACCGCGAGCUCUCUGGCUUUGCGGACAGCAUAUGUCGCGGCGUGCCGUUCAGUUGCCGACCAGCGGCUGGCUAUGUCGGUCGCUUUGGGCAAUUGACGCCGCUGAUUGUUGCGAGGAAGUACUACACGGCGAAGGGGGCGGCGAAGGAGGCUGCCUGGUGUGAAAAGGUGUAUUAUGGCGCGAAGGUUCCGGGGUUGUAUUCGCCGCCGCAGUAUGCGGUGCCGCUUGAACAGCACAAGGGGUAUACGGAGUUUGUACAGAAUACGAAGAGGUAUAUAUGAUGUUGAUAUUUACGAUUUGAUGGCUAGUUUGUAGGUUUCAUGAGCGUACAUAAAAGCUCCACACUUUACCUUAGCGAAUGUUCGUUCAGAGUUCAUCUUUGGGGAGAUAUAU